CACAAACUCCUAUAGCAUAUACCGUUCGCUGGUUGUAAAACAAAUGGUGUCUCAAAAGAUUGUUCUAUUGGCCGUAGCGGCACUGCUAUGCUUGUCUAGUGGAUGCUUUGCGCAGCAGAUUUAUCGGAGAUACGUAGAUGUUCCGGGUAUUGAAAAGGACUCGGAUGGUCAGCACUAUAUUCAGGUAAAUUCCGGGGACACGCAGACGAAGUACUACGUCGCCCGGGAUAAGGAGAGCAAGCAGCUUUACUUCAUUAAUGAGGAGACAAGCCAGCCGCAGUGGCAUGAUCCUCGUGGUCCAGCGCUAUCAGAAACGCGUGAGGUCCUAGACACCCCGGAGACGGCUUAUGUGCCGCCACCUAACAACAGCAGCGUUACUGUCGCAAUCGUAGCCAUUUUGCCCAUUCUGCUGCUUGCUGGUGGUGUUGCAGCCCGCGUCGCCUACCUACAGAUCCACUACCCUGAGCUACUGUGGCCUACGAAGGAGAGGAGGGACCGCCGUAAGGCUUCGGGCGGCAAGUUCAAGCCCCAGAAGCAGCGUGGAAAGAUGAACCAGGACGGCAAGGGUGGCCGCUCUGCCAAUUCAUAAGGGCUCUGUCACAAGGGGGCAUCUCGAGGAGAUAAGCAGCUAAGCGUAGGAGGAGCAAAGGGUUGAUCUGACCCUCUGUAUGCAUAUCGGUCAUGCUCUCCUCGGGGUAGCCCUUGUUGGGAUCAUUAACGUUGGUCAUGGACGAAGCAAUAGCUCCUUUACAGCGGCUCUCAGGGGGCGCACGGUGGUUGCACUGGGUUGGGGUCGAGUAGCCGGGUUCAUGGGAUAGUAGCAACCACUUCCUAUUUGCGUGGCCUGCUGUGCAAUCGGUUGGGGUGACCUGGAUGGCGUGCGAUCCGCGAACUGGCUUGUAUAUUUCCCUAGCGUGGCUGUCCGCUAAAUGGCUAAGGCCGCGUGGUGACCGUGUGAGCUGACUAACCCCCGGCACUCCGUGAUGCUAACUUAUCAAGACGUCCACCAUUCCUUGGUGUUAGGCUUGCGAGCGCAGAUCUUGGACAUGUCGUGACUUAAUAUUAGUCUGACGCAAUUUGGGCAUCUGGACGCGGAGGAUGAUGCCCUUCCUGCUCGGUGUCAUCUGGGUCGCUGCUGUCCCGCCGCAUCAGCGCCACGUGGACUGGACUUGUCGUGUGCAAUUCCACACUGUUGGGAUGCCGCAUGCUAUGCGUCCGUCGGUACUGCUGGCGUCGGAAAGGAUUAUUUGGUUAUUUAUUUUGUGUUGGCCGAUUGGCUGGUAACAAAACCGUGCGUUGUAAUAUGCGUGCCUACGCUCCUUAUGCGUUUUGUCCCCUUCCUUUGCCGGGUUUCCUAUUGGCCAUGCCUACCCGCCUCAUCUUAUAGGGGACGAGGGGCAUGUUCCCUGAAGAUGAGAGCUCUUGGUGGUGGGGUUCUUAGAGUCCCUCCCUCACGCCGACACAUGUCGCCCUUUCGUCGACUUCACAUGAGGCACCGCUCAAGCGCUGCCUGCGAACCUUGAGUGUGGGUAACUUUUUUAGCAUGGACGCUACAAGGCCGCCUGGGUGCAGGUAUCGG